AUGCAUGAUGAAUCUGAACAACCACUGAUCGUUGACGAGAAUGAUGAUGGAGUCACAUCACGUCCAGAAGUCUCCAAACAAGAUGCUAACAAGUUGAUUUGGCUCUUGACGUUAAGUGCAGGUCUCAGUGGGCUGCUAUUUGGAUAUGACACUGGUGUUAUAAGUUCUACGCUUGUUUCGAUACACGAAGACCUUGGCCGAACUCUAACCACACUUGAUCUAUCAAUGAUCACAAGCAGUACCUCUCUACUGGCACUUAUCGCAUCACCGCUGGCUGGCCACUUUGCGGAUUCGCUUGGUCGUCGCCCUGUCAUCUCCGUUGCCUGUGGACUGUUCAUAUUUGGUGCCCUAUUCCAAAGCGCAGCGACCAACGUUUGGACCAUGGUACUCGGUCGUGCAGUUGUAGGCGCUGCAGUGGGCGGCGCCUCUGCUGUUGUACCACUAUAUAUCGCAGAAAUUUCUCCAGCAGACCGCCGAGGGCAGCUCGUAUCAGUUCAGAGUCUGUUUAUCACUGGAGGCCAAGUCGUCGCUUACGUCGUGGGCUGGGCAGUCAUGGGGCGUUGGAGGUGGUCUGUUGGUGCUGGCGCAGUCCCUGCUAUUCUUCAAGCAGGACUACUCGUCGGUAUGCCCGAGUCGCCACGCUGGCUGGUGCUCAAAGGUAGAGAUGACGAAGCUGCUAUUGUUUUCUCCCAGCUUGGCCAUGACGACUGCAAUCAAAUCGUCAGUCAGGUCAAGCAUGAAGUCAAGGAAGAACAACUAAGUGCAAGUGGGAGCAUGUUCAAUGAGCUCAUUACGAUACCGGCCAACCGUCGAGCAUUGAUCAUCGCGGCCGGACUUCAAGCUUUACAACAGCUAUCCGGGUUCAACUCGUUGAUGUACUUCAGCGCUACCAUCUUUGCUCUCGUUGGCUUCACCUCGCCAAUUGGAACAUCCCUCUCUAUUUCCGUCUCCAACUUUGUUUUUACUUUGCUGGCUUUUGCAAUAAUCGACAGAGUAGGAAGACGCCGUAUCCUGCUAUACUCGAUCCCAUUCAUGAUUCUCGGACUCGCCAGCUGUUCUCUUGCAUUCAUGCACAUCGACGCAUCACCUUCAGAUACGGUGGCUCCAUCCUCGGCUGUAUCCGCUCCCAAAUCUCCAAGUCCAUGGUCGCUAGUCCUACUUUGCUCGUUAAUCUUCUACGUGGCAUCAUACGCUUGUGGAUUGGGAUGCGUGCCAUGGCAACAGUCCGAAUUAUUUAGCCUUUCAGUACGAUCGAUGGGCUCUGGUCUCGCGACUGCCACAAAUUGGACCAGCAAUUUUAUUGUCGGAGCAACUUUCUUGCCGAUGAUGCAUACCCUCGGGCCUAGUGCCACAUUCCUUGUCUACGUUGUCGUGUGCUUGAUCGGAUAUGCAUGGGUAUGGCGUUGUUAUCCGGAGACAAAGAAUCUCGAGCUGGAGCAAGUCAAGAAAUUGUUGGAGGACGGUUGGGGCGUGAAAGCAAAUGAACUUCCGAACGAUUUGGAAGUUUAA